UCCUGAGGGGACACGGGGGGGGGGAUGUGGAGGCGGGGGGGGGGGACACAGGGAUGGCUCUGGCAGCAGCUGCGCCGGCUGCGGAAGAGUUAAAGCCGCUCCUCUGCCCGGGUCUCGGGGGCCUCCCACUCGCCCGGGGUGAGUAUGAAUAGCUGCUGCGCUCGCCCUCGCCGGCACCGCUCCUGCCGUCGUCGUCCUCGGGCUCCCCGAUGCUGAGCAUGGAGGGCUUGGUGGGGGCCAGGGCGCUGGGCGAGGAGUCGCUGCAGAUGUGGGACCUCAACAAGCGCCUGGAGGCUUACCUGGCCCGCGUGAAGUUCCUGGAGGAGGAGAACGAGGGGCUGCGGGCCGAGAUCCGCGGCGCCAAGAGCGGCCCCGCCGCGGAGCCGUGGAGGGCCAAGUACGAGGAGGAGCUGCGAGCCCUGCGGGCAGCGCUGGAGCGCGCCUUCAGGGAGAAGUGCACGGCCGAGCUGGCCAGGGACAACCUCUACGAGGAGGUGCAGCACGUGAAGAGCAGGUGCCAGAAGGAGCAGGCGGCGCGGGAGGAAGCCAAGAGGCAGCUGGCGGCCGGCAAGAAGGAGCUGGAGGAGGAGAGGAGGGCGCAGAUCUGGCUGAAGGAGCGAGCCGUGCAGCUGGAGAAGGAGGUGGGAGCCCUGCUGGAGGUGCACGAGGAGGAGAAAGCGGGGCUGGACCGGGAGCUCGCCGGCUUCUCGCAGAGCCUGGAGAGCCUGCGCUGCGUGCCGGCGGCUUUCCAGCCGCUGGAGGUGGAGGAUUACUCCAGGAGGCUCGCGGAGAUCUGGAGAGGGGCGGUGGAGACCUACAAGGCGGAGGUGGCGCAGCUGGAGCGCUCGCUCGGCCAGGCCAAGGAGAGCCUCUGGAAGGCGGCGGAGGACAACCAGCAGAGCCAGCUGCAGCUGCAGCACCUGGACAAGGAGCUGGCGGCGCUGAGAGCGCGCAAGGAGCUGCUGGAGGACAACCUGGCCCGGCAGUGGCAGGAGCAGCGCGGCGAGGCCGAGAAGUUCCAGGUGGCCAUCGAGGCCCUGGAGCAGGAGAAGCAGAGCCUGCGGGCGCAGAUCGCCCAGGUGCUGGAGGACAGGCAGCAGCUGAUGCACCUGAAGAUGUCCCUCAGCCUGGAAGUGGCGACCUACAGACCCCACUGGGACCCCGUUGGGGUCCAUGUUGUUUGCGGACCCCGUUGGGGUCCCGUUGGGGCCACCCCGGAUUUUUGGGCUGUGCCCCCCCCCUCCACUGCGCUUCCCCCCCCCCGGCUCUUUGCAGAUGUCAAGCUGGAGGCGAGCAGCAGCAAGCACCGCGCCGGCCCCGCCGCCUUCCCUUGGCCGGAGGGGACAGCGCAGCCCCCCAGAGCCCCAGGGGACGCCCUCAAGGCUCCGACCCCCAAAACCAAGAGUCCCGGCGCCAGGGAGUUCCAAAAAAUCACCUCGGUCCUGCAGGCACCGAGGGGCAGCGAGCCGGCUGCCCCUACCCGCGCCGCCCCACUGCUCUCCCCGGGGAACACGGAGAGCCCGGAGGAGCCCCCCGAAGGUCCCGAGGAGCCCCCUGGGACGCCGCCCGCCCGGGGCCAGCUGUACCCCGAGCAGCUGGUGAGCCACGUGCUGCAGGACGCGCUCAAGGAGAUGCAGGACGAUGCCCAGCCCAAAGAGGAGCCCGCGCUCGGCGCUGCCUGUGCCCCCCUCGCCGCCCGCUCCCCCGGCCCCUCUCCGCCCGUAGAGGCCGAGGAGGUCGGGGAGGAGGGGGGAGAGCCGGCCCUGAGCGUUGGGGACGGGGUCCCCGAAAUGGAGGAGGAGGAGGAGGAAGAAGCCGGAGGAGCCGUCCCCGAGGGGCUGGGAGCCGAGAGCAGCGCUCAGCACGACGGCACCGGUCCCCACGGCGCUGCGCCCGCGUCCCCCAGCGACACGGAGAGCCAGGAGGAGACGGGACCCUGGGAGGAGGAGGAGGAGGAGGAGGAGGAAGGAAGGAAGGAAGAGGAGAUACCGAGCCCACCGAGCCCGGGGCAGAGCGGGGGGCUGCGGGGAGCACCCCGGGAAGGGGACACGAGCGGCCCCGUCCAGGCAGGGACCGGCCAGGAGGAGCCGGAGCCGGGGGAGGACGACGUGGAGGCCACCAGCACGGAGGCGCUGCACCUCUCGGAGGACGAGGAGCCGAGGGGAGCCUGGAGCCCCUCCAGGGAGGACGAGGAGGUCCCGGGGCAAGAGAGGGAGAGGCGAGAGGAGGAGUGCCCGCAGGGGGAGAUCGAAGCCGUUUGCUCGCUCCCGGUGGGAAGCCACCCGGUUUUCCCCUCGGAAAGCAGCCUGGAGGAGGAGGACUUGGUUGGGGGAGAGCGGGAGGAGUUUGGGCACCGGGGGGGCCCCCGGGGGGGGGCGGCUGUGGCUGUAGAAGGGGAAAGGGAGCAGGAGACGUGCCCAGAGCUGGAGCCCCCCAGCAGCCAGGAGGCCGGGCCGGCAGAAGACUCACUGGGGGCUGAAGGAGGGGAGAGCGCAGACAGAGCAGGGGAGGGCGAGGAAGAAGAGGGAGAGGAAGGAGAGGAGGCGAUGGGGGGAGAGGACCCCCGGGCAGAAGAAGCCUGGGGGGGGCGAGAGCUGAGGCAGGAGAGCGGCGGCUUGGAGGAGCCGGAGGAGCCGCAGGAGGACGGGCAGGAGCAGGACACGGAGCUGCAGCAGGGAGAGGACGCCUGGGGCAGGGGGGACGAGGACAGCGGCCGAGAGCAACGAGCAGAGGAUUGGGAGGGGACAGGAGGGGACACCAACGUCACCCCCCAAGAGCCAGCCCGGGCUGAUGACAACCCGCCAAGCACAGGGGCACCAGAAAGCCAGGAGGGAGCCGGCGGCACGUCGCCCGCGGAGAUGAAGGAGACGCAGGAGGAGGAGGAGGAGGAGAGCGAGGUGCUGAGCCAGCAGCAGGCACCUCCACAGGGCGAAGAGGAGCAGGAGGCUGAGCCGGCCCCGGGGCUGGAGGAGGCCGAGCAGGGGGGCACCGCAGAGGCACCCGGGGACACCCAGGACCCAUCCGAGGCUCCGGAGGAGGUUUGGGAGGCUCCGGGCGCCGCGGGCGGGCUCAGCUCAGAGCCAGCGGGGCUGGAGAGCGGCAGCACCGACCCCGCAGCACCUCAGCAGGGUCCGGGCAGUGGCGUGGGGAGCACUGAGCCCACGGAAGAGGAGGCUCAGCAGUCGGGGACGGGCAGCGUUGAGCUGGAGGACGCCCUGCCCGACGGCACGCCGCUGAGCAUGUACCAAGGGGAGAUGUCGGCUGCAUCCAGCCCAAAGCCCGUGGCCAGUGAGGAGGCCACGGAGACGGCGCCCGGAGCUGAAACGGAGCUGGAGGACGAGGAGCAGCCGGGAGGGAGCCACGAGGAAACGGCUGCCUUGGUGCCAGAGAGCUGCAAAGAGGAGUCGGAGACGGAGCCGGGCCCUGCGACAGAGUGUGCCGAGGAAGAGGAAGGGUAUUUCAUGGUUUCUGCUCCCAGCCAAGAGGCGUCCAGCUCGGAGGAAGCUGAGAUCUCGGAGGACUUUGAAGAAAUUAAAGUUGAAGCGGCUGAAGCCGGCCAGGACGACCUCGGAGCUCCUGGAGACGCAGCUCCGGAGCCAGAGGCUGAAGAGCACUUGGAGGCUUUUGGGGGCGAAGAUGUGGAGAUGCCCCCAGAAGGACGGGAGACGCCAAAGGAUGAGGACGAGGAUGAUGCCGGGGGCUUUGCCGCCGAGCUGGAGGAAGGCUCGGCCGUGCCCAUGGCACAGCCCAGCUCCCCCGUGGCCGAGGGGCCGUCCCCGGGGCGCGCCGACGAGGGUGACGAGGGGCAGGGGCGCUCCGAGGGCUUCGCCACCGAGCCAGAGGAGGAGCUCGAUGGCACGGGCGAGCAGGAGCACGGGGCCAGCGGCGAUGCCGCGCUCCCAGGCUGUGACGCCCCCGGGCUGCAGGGACCAGCGGAGACCCCCCCGGGGCAGGAGGACGAGCGCAUCCCCCCGGCAGAGCUCCAGCCCCCAGCGGCUCCGGCGGCGUCUCCACCACCCGAAAAAGCGGAGCAGGCACCCGACAAGCAGCUGCCCCCGGAGGAGGACGCGCAGGAUGGUGAUGCCCCCCCGGACAAGGGGUCCUCCGAUGCCGAGCCACCUUCCCCGGGCUCCCCCCUGGAGCGGGGAGGUUUUGAAGAGGCCGAGGACAGCCCCGAGGCGCCCGCACUCCCCGCACAGCUGCCGGCGGACGUCCUGCAGGAUUCGGAUAUCCUGGAGAUAGUGGAGCAAGCCCUGGAGCUCAACCAGGAGCUGGUGCUGGGGGCCAGGCUGGCGGCAGGCGAGCAGGGGGCCGGCGGCAGCGCCGAGCCCCCCCAGGAGGAUGAAGGGGGGUCCUCGUCCAGCGAGGAGCAGCCGACGGUGCAGGAGGUGCCGGCGGAGCCGUGCCGCGCCGAGGGCGGCGAGCUGAACGGGCUGCACCGCCAGGCCAGCCUGGAGGACCUGGCCGAAUUCACCGAGGAGGGGCUCAACGGCAUCGCCCCCCCCGGCCAAGCCCCCCAAAGCCUCCCCCUGGCCGGCAAGCACGGCGGGGCCGACGCCGUCCCCGCGCUGUCCCCCCUGGGGGACCAGGUGCCGGAGCCCUGGGCUUCGGGGGACGAGUGAAGGCGGCGGCGCCCCCCCCGCAGCCCCGCUCCCUCUCGACAAUCGGACGCCUCCCGUAGCCCCCACCCGCGUAGCACGCCCGUUUCCUUGUGGUUUUUAACACUUUUCGUGUGGAUUUUGCCUCCCCGAGCGGAUGCCCGGCAGAAGGUCGCGUCCCGGGAGCGGAGAACCAGGCUGGCCCCGUGCCCCCAGACCCCCCCGCUGGGCUCAGCCUCGUUUUGUGCCCCUUCCCCCCCACCCCCCCAGGCACGCUCUCCACCGCAGUAUUUAAUUUAAAGCCCACGUCUCCCCCUUCCCGGCUCAGCCCGGCCCGGGGGGGGGGGUCUCAGCGGGGUUUUGGGGUCACGCUCCCCCCGUCACCUCUGGGCGAGGGCACCCAGGGGUGCCCGUCCCCAUCCCGCCCACGCUGACCCACGGCGGGCGCAUUCGCUGCCUCGACACUAAUUUAAUAAAGCCUCGUCCUCCCACUCGGAC